AUGAGUACAGAAACUGUGACGAGGAGUGUUGUGAUGUUUCCAUGGCUGGCGUACGGCCACAUUACACCGUUUCUUGGACUGGCCAAGAAUCUUGUGGAUCGAGGUUUCUUGAUUCACUUAUGUUCGACUCUCGUCAACCUUAAUUCCAUAAAAAACAACAUUCCACAAGCCUACUCUGAAUCCAUUAGAUUAGUGGAACUCCAUCUCCCAGAAUCCCCUCAUCUUCCUCCUCACUACCAGACCACCAAUGGCCUCCCGCGCCACCUCCACGACGCCCUCAAGAAAGUCCUGAAUAUGGCGGCACCGGAUUUCGCCAAAAUCUUGAAAACCUUGAACCCUUAUUUGGUCAUCCAUGAUACCAUGCAACCAUGGUUUGUAAAGCUUGCCUUGUCGCUCGAUAUUCCCGCUGUACCGUUUUUCACCACCAGCGCCGCCGUGGGCUCCUACUUCUCUCACAUCAUGAACAAAUCCGCCGCCGAGUUUCCCUUCCCGGCUCUCCUUCUCCGGCGCUACGAACCGGAGGAUUACUUAGAUUCACCACCACCGUCAAUGAUGUUGGUAAAUAGCUCGAAAGAAGUUGAGGCAAAGUACAUAGAUUGCAUGUCCGAGGUUUUGAAGUGCAAGGCGCCGGCGAAUCAAGAAAGAGAUUACGAAACGGAGCUGAUGGAUUGGCUUGGGAGAAAAUCAGCGAGAUCAACCGUGUUCGUCUUGUUCGGGAGCGAAUAUUUCCUGAGCAAGGAAGACACGGAGGAGAUAGCCUACGCCUUGGAGCUCAGCAACGUAAACUUCAUAUGGGUGCUUAGAUUCCCCAAGGGAGAAGAAAUCUCAGCAAGAGAAGCUCUCCCACCAGGUUUUCUUGAAAGAAUCGGCGAGAGAGGAAGAAUUAGACCUGUAGAAGGAUGGGCCGCGCAGGGGAAGAUUCUCGGCCACCGGAGCACCGGCGGGUUCGUGACCCAUUGCGGGUGGAAUUCAAUAAUAGAAAGCCUGAGUCUCGGCGUUCCGAUCAUCGCCAUGCCAAUGCAGCUGGAUCAGCCGGUGAACGCCCGGCUGAUGGUAGAGAUUGGGGCGGCGGUGGAGGUGGAGAGAGACGAUGACGGUAAGCUCCACCGGGCGGAAAUGGCGGAAGCUGUGAGAGGGGCGGUGGGAGGAAAAGUCGGAGAGAAAUUGAAGAGAAAUGUGAAGAGAAUAAGUGAGGAUUUGAAGUCGGGAGGCAGCAAAGAGAUGGAUGCGGUCGCUGAGGAGUUGGUAAAGCUUUGCGCCAAACUAGAAGGAUGA